CAAGCAAAAUAGCUAAUGACUUAUUAGAAAAAUAUUAUCAAGACCAUUCCAAAUAUUUUCAGCAUCAUAUAAAUUUUGUUUUACAUCUUCAUCAACAUUAUCCAACUAAUUUUGAUCGUCAUGGAUCCUUAUCAACGAUCAACACAUUUGCACAGGAAGACUUGGUGGGAUACGUGGCCAAAAACAGAAAUGGCACUAGAUUUUUUGGGGAUUUAAUUACUCACUAUUAUAAUGUUGAUAUUUAUUUAAGAAACUCAAUUAAAGAUGAACCACCAAAACCUGGUGGUAUUAAGCGUCGCAAUCUUGUAUUAAAAUUUAUGCGUUUUAUUCUACUUUUAGGUCCAUUUGAUUCAGUUGUAUUGUCACCAAAUGAUAGAUAUUAUGCCGAUAUUUUUAAUCAUCAUCGACAACACUGUCAAUGUGAUCAAGAUGUUGUGAUAAGAGUUGUGCUUAUUACAGAAUAUUGCGAAUAUGAAGUUGAAACAGAUGAAGGUAAUGAACAAUAUUUAACGCAUCAGAAUGAUGAUAAUGAUCAACAAGAAGAAGAACAAGAAAAUGAUGGUAAUGACGAGCUAGAAGACGAGCAACAAAUUGGACAAGAACUAGCAGAAGAAAUGGAAGAACACGCUGUAAACCAAGAGCAAUUUCAGUUAUUACGUGGAGAUAUCAACAAUGUAACAACAAAAUUAACAAAUGAUUUUCAAACACAUAUGAACAAAUUUGAUAAAAAAUUUCGUCGUCUAGCAAACACAUGUGCACAAUUGGUGAAAACAAAUCUAGACGAAUAUAAAAGUGAUGAAACAUUUUCAGCCGUUGUUGAUUAUAAUGGAGAAAAUCUAUUGGAUCAUUAUGCAAAAGAUGUACAAAGUUAUCCUCGUGAUACAAUUAAAAAAUUAUUUACAAUAGAUGAAUUAUCUCGUUCAAUUUUAUUAGAUAAUGCUAGAUUUGCAAAACCAGGUUUAGAUAGAGCAAGAAUGGAACUAUUGAAAGAUGCUGUUAGAUCAAAAUAUAAAAUUGCUAAUAAAAAAUGGGAUGAGUUUUUCAAAAAAUGCCUACAUCAAACGUUAACACAAUGUAUCUGUGAUGCAAGAAAAAAAAUUAAGAAACAACAACAGACAAUUCAGACAGCACCACAAAAUGCUCCAGAUCAAACACAACAACAAUCAAGAGUCCGGAGUACAACAUCGACGACAACAAAUAAUGAAACUAAUUAG